AUGAGUAAACUUGUCACAAGCACGCCGACUUUGCCGAAAACCAAAAAUGUAGGCCCAAAGUACAUGACAGGCAAGGGAAAUGAGGACGAAUUGUCAUGGAUCUCACCAUCCAUCAACGUCUACAGCAAAGCAGAGGUCGAUAUCAAACAGAUCUCACCGACGUCCUCGCGCCGGCCCCCUUCUGCGAAGAGGGAAUCGGCCAUGAGCGGUGGCCCCCAUUCUCUCCCUGUCCAUCAACCACCAGAGGGCGCUACGGGUAAUCUCCACAGGGUUCCAACUUCGCACACGUCGCAACCGUCACUCACUCAAAAAGAAUCCCACUUUGUUCCAAUGGAGCCUGGCUCGCGCACCUCUACGAUGAGGAGCGGUACCAUUCCUUUCCCCCGUACAAUGACGAUGCAAUCCUCAGACCUCUACGCAUCCGACACGUCGCACUCUGGCUCUUCGGCUGGGUGGUCUUCUGCUCCGACCACUCCUAUUAGCAAUGUUCAACGAGCACCACGACUAGGUGCUCAUCGCUUCCUCGUCUCUUCAAAGGUUGGUCAAGGUGGAUUCGGAUGUGUCUACAAGGCCGUAGAAGUCCACACUGGGGAAACGGUCGCCGUCAAGACGGUUUGCAGGCGAGGUAUCAGCCAGGCCCGUACCGAUAUGACACUCAAGGAGCAGCGCAUCUCGAAGCGCAUUGCAGAACGCCAGAGGAGAGGAAAAGAACCUGAUGGUGAUUUCGUGGUGAGAAUGGUGGCGAGCUUCCUUACCCUGAACCACUUUGUCUUCAUUCUGGAUUAUCACGGCGCUGGUGAUUUACGGGAUGUGGACUAUCCACUCAAGCCGAAUGACGCACGGUUUUACAUAGGCGAGAUGACCCUCGGUUUGCGCUUCAUCCAUUCACUUGGAAUCGUCAUGAGAGACCUGAAACCCGCAAAUGUCCUCCUAGGCUGGGAUGGCCACGUUCGUCUAGCCGACUUUGGGCUCGCCACUUUGGCGCCAUCAACAAGGAAAAGCACCCUCUCUCGUAUUCGUCAUCAUGACGAGUCCGAAGCGACUCUUCGUGAUGACAGACCACGAACAUCUUCCAUUCUUUCCCUCUUUCGUCUCAAGCAAACCACCUCCCAAGACCAAAAUAGUGCUCGUGCAUCGUCAUCAAACUAUGCCGACUCAGAGUCGCCGACGGCACCUAAGCGGACCCGAACGCAAAAGCUCAAAGAGCUUUUUGCUCGCAAACCUAGACACAAGCGCCGGACGACACUCUGUGGUACACCUGGGUACAUACCGCCAGAGGGCUAUAACGGAAUUUACGGCCCCGAGGGUGAUGUAUGGGCGCUGGGUAUCUCUCUCUAUGAGUUCAUAACUGGCGUCAAUCCUUUCGAUCUUUGGGGCGCUCCGACGUCUGAGAUCCAGGGUAAAGUGGCCAAGGAGGAUCCAGAGUAUCCACCGGAUAUGGACGACACAACACGUGACCUCCUUGUUCGACUCUUGGACAAGGUCAUGCAACGAAGGGCAACCAUCGAACAAAUGAUACAGCACCCAUUCUUUACAACCAGCGGAUUUUGCUGGAAAAAACUGGCAAAGCGCGAGAUUGCGCCACCCUCUUUGCCAGACGUAUCGCUCCGACGACUGCGCAAGCACCAUGAACGUAAACACGACCUUCACGAAGAACCUCUUAUUCUCAAACUAGAAGAAGAAGUCAUCGCUCGUCAGCGAAAACUUGAAUCACGAGUUGCGACUAAAUCGUCCACACUGCACGAUGCGCAUCGAAUCUCGGCGCAAGAUGCAGACAACUUCUUUAUGAACUACUUAGACUAUAGAUGA